UCAUCCUCAAAUUAGAGCUUCAAGAAUGAAAUUAUUUUGGUUCAUAACGACUAGUCAUUUAUUUACCAAUGCAGUGUAGUUUCAAUUGUUCGCGAUAUCGUGCACUUUCUGAAUACGAAAAAGGUGGCAAAAAGUUAAGUCGAUUAGAAAUUCAAUUGGUGGAAGGAACUGCAAUGCAUUAGUCAGCGCAUCACUUUAACUGGCAGAGCUUUUGAAACUUUGAAAAGUGCAUGCCUGUGCUUAUUUCGUACACAAGUAUAUUUAGUAUGCUUUUGCAAUUACUCUUGCUUGUCUGGCAGUGCAUCCAUCAUUGAUCUAGUGGCUCGCUAUUUUGUGCGCAUUCACUACAUACGAUGUUUCGGUUCGAUGGGAAAUACAAUACUAAUUAAUAGUAGAACGUUAAUUAUUUUAUUACAUAUAUAAAUUACAUAAAAGUAACAAGCAUUUAUGAAAUAAAAAUAUUUUUUGCAACAAAUCAAUAAGCUAUUUUUUGAAUAAGCGUAAAAAAAAAAAUAAAAAUAAUAAUAAUUGGCCAAUAAUGAAAUGGGACGAUUUCGGUGCUGGCUGCAUUGGCGGCGCAUGUGGAGUACUCAUCGGCCAUCCUCUGGACACUAUUAAAACAUGGCAACAAGCAUCAAACUCAUCCGUUCCGAGCGCUGUGCGACAAAUUUAUAAUCGAAAUAAUGGCUUAAAUGGCUUUUACAGAGGGAUGCUAUUUCCUUUUGUCACAACCGGUGCAAUUAACUCCAUUCUCUUCGGCAUCUAUGGCAACCAUUUAAGGCAAUUGCGACGGGUCUGCCACAGUGAUUACCAACGUGAACAGUUGGAAUACCAGAAUAUGUUCAUUGCUGGAUCCAUCGCUGGCUUUGUGCAGUCCUUUAUUGCAUGCCCCAUUGAAUUGAUUAAAGUUAGAUUACAGACACAUUGCUAUUACAACGAAUACAUUUUCGGGCAACGGCGCACUCCCUGGGGCGUUUUUAGAAAAGUCAUAAAAGUGGAUGGAGUAUCUGGCUUGUAUAGAGGUUUACUACCAAUGAUGUGCCGUGAUGUAUUUCCCUAUGGAAUUUAUAUGAUGGUUUACCGUCAAACCGUCGACUUUCUGGAAAAAACACCCAUAGUGCAAAACAGGAGACAAGAACGCAUAAAAAAUGAAAAUUCAAAUGUCGACUUCUUUGUGACAACUUUGGCUGGAGCUUGGGCCGGGAUCCUGUCCUGGGUAUGCGUGAUACCUUUUGAUGUUGUGAAGACCAUUAUGCAAGCAGAAAGUAGUAGGCAAUAUCGUAGUAUAAGGCAUUGUUUGGUGAAAAAUUUUAAGCUCUACGGUUGGCGUCGUUUAUUCCGUGGUAGUUGGAUGCUAGUGGUGCGUGCAAUGCCAGUUAAUGCAGCAACAUUUUUAGGCUACGAAUAUGCACUGGAGUGGUUUCACAAGCUAAAUGGCUCCUACAUAUAAGGCUUAAACUCAAGACUUAUCAGAAAAAAAAAAUGUCAAAAAUUAUUUAAAAAAUAAUAAUUACUGAAAAACUAAGUG